AUGUCAGGUCAAUUCCGUCGGCAUCUUUCGAACAAUCCUUACGCUGAGGCAUUGAUGACUCCGAUGCGGUGGUGUAAGAAUACGAAUGCAAUUCUUCCCAAAUACUUUUUACAGGACUUCGAUCUGGUCAAACAUCCGAAUCCUAACCAGAAGGAAGCGUGGUACGCUCCAGGUCCUCUAUCAUUUGUCAAUGUUAUGCCAUGGAACAUCGCAAGGACAGUAGAGCAAGACGAAACCAUCACAUAUACGCAAAAGGACGAGACGCCUGAUAUGACUUCGCAAACGAAGGGAGGCUUGAUAGAAGACAAAGUAACCGCAGACGUCAAAAAUGCACGCCCAGAAGAAUUGGAAGAAGACGGCGAAUCUAUAGAAAACUGGAGAGAAGACUCGCACCGAGGCGGACGUUACGUCACCUACGCUCUCUCACGCAAAAGUCUAAUCGAACAAAUCGGAAAGAGCAAAUCCCUUCAAAUUAAAAUGAGAGCUCAACGUAACGGUAUGGCAACAAGAGGACUGCCUGAAGAACGAAUUUUUCGGCCUGAUAUGGACGAAGUGCUGCUUAAGAUGAUGCAGCGCCAAGCUGCCGACGCGCUCAUAGCAAGAAGCUCUAGCAACCGCGGCACAAAAAAGGAUCCACACAGGUUCAUCAUGCCGGUAGACAGCUGGGAAGAAGCCCAGAAGCAUGUUUCCGGAGGGGCUAUACUCUAUAUACCCACAGAGCCAUCAGAUGAUAUGAACAAUUAUGCGACUCUAGACGUGGAAGGCGCCAACUACGGCGCAAAGGUUGCAGUGCACGACUUGAACUUCCUACUGGGAGACGAGGUUGAGCGACUGAAACAAGAAGCAGAGGAUUUCGUUGGUCAGGAACUGCUGGUUUUGAAGAACUAUAGAAGUGAAAGCAUGCGAAGCUUGUUUUUGCUACUAUGGAGGUUGCAAGGAUAUUUGGCAGAGCCCCAAAUAGAGCUUAUCGAGCCCAGGCAAUAUUAA